CGCGAUGUCGCCGCCGCCGAUGGCGCUGGCGCCCAUGAUGCCGCCCAUGGCCUCGCCCAUGCUGCCCUCCGGCGCCUGCAUGACGCCGGCCACCGGCGGCAAGGCGCCCGCUACCGCGACUGGCGGCUACCUGCAGGUCAGCAGCCUGCAGGUGUACGACGAGCUGCUGGAGGCGGCGCUGCGGGCCGUGGGGUGCGGCCCCCGCAACCUGGCCCUGCAUGGCCCCUGGGUCUGGCUGCUGGACCGCUUCUGCGAGGCCUUUGCCGUGGGGCGCAACUACGCCCGCCUGUCCUACCUCAAGUGGGUGGUGCGCCCCGAGAACGCCACCCUCACCGCCGACUGCUUCGACGUGCUGCUGCGCGACAUGGUGGCGCUGCAGCAGGCGGCGGGCGUGGAGGGACUAUCCAGCGGGGAGCUGGGGGUGCAGGCGCAGGUGUCUGCCCGCAUCGAGGAGCUGCUGCACACGGCCUUUGAGAACUACUUCAUGCUCAGCGAGGAGACGGCCAGCGGCAUGAUGGACGGCGCGCUGGCGGUGCGGUCGGGCAUCCCCGCCGUGCUGCGCCCCGCGGUGCAGCUGUUUGCGCUGGUGCGCGACGCCACAAGCCCCGCCGACCAGGAGUGGCUGCAGGAGCGCUUCCGCAUCGCCGCCCGCAAGCGCUACCAGGCGCUGCUGACCGCGGCGGAGCUGCAGCGCCCCUCCUCGCCCCGCCGCCAGGCCGACGCGCGGCAGGGGCAGGUGGACAGCCCCGAGGCGGUGGCGGCGUAUGGUCGGCUGGAGGAGCUGUGCCGUGCCAUCAUGAACGAGCUCCGUGCCGACGACCAGAUCAGGGACGCCCGCAUCCUGCCCGCCUUUGUCAACCUGCCAGACAUCACGGCCCUGGAGUAUGUCAAUGGCAUCAUCAAGCACUUGCGCAAGGUGCUGGGGCGGCACCCGCCACCCGCCCCCACCGAGGCCGCUAUCCGCCUGGUGGAGGCGGUGGGCAAGCUGCAGAACUUUGUGCACCGCCACAAGUAUGCCGAGGCCAACAGCCGGCUGAACAACCGAGACAUCUUUGGCCGCUUUGUGCUGGAGUGGAUCAGCAGCAGCGCCGCGCAGCUCAGCCUGCGGUGCCGUCGCCUGGAGCAGGGCGUGGCGGGGCAGCACGGCUGGCAGGAGUUUGCCACAGACGGCAAGAACAAGGUGGCCCACCUGGUGGAGGACAUGCUGAAUGCGGUACAGUCGGAGAUGGGGCGGUACCAGCGCAUCAUCACCUACUGGCCCAUGUAUGGCCCAGACCUGGAGCGGGCGGUGACGGGGGCACUGCGGGAGGCCACCAUGGGCGUGUCCCGACAGUGCGGCCUGGUGCAGAUCAAGGAGGGCGGGCAGUCUCCCGAGCCGCUGGCCAUCCAGCCGUACAACCGCGCGCAGCAGCGCCCCGGCGGCGGCGAGACAGCGGCCGCGCAGCGUGCGGGGCGCACCGCCUGGCGCUGGGUGCAGCAGGCGGGGGCGGACCGUGCGGUGGUGCCCGCCACCUACCGCGGCGCUCCCAUGGUGCUGCAGCAGGGCAUCAACCCCAACCAGGCGCUGCUGCUCAACAGCCUGCGCCGCCUGCUGCAAGUGUCGCCCCAGAUGGAGCAGGAGCUCAAGCGCUGGUGCGCAGAGCCGCUGGCAGACUCGCUGGCUGCGGGGCUGCGCGGCGCGGCCGCCGCCAACGCCUCGGCGCCCGACCGCGGCGCCGGCACCGACCGCCGCCUGCGCCGGGAGGCCCCCAACCUGGGCGCCCAAUUUGCCCAGCUGGUCAAGGAGCUGCGGUCAGAGUACUUUGCCGCCAUCACGCUGUGCGCUGAGCGGCUGGCCGCUGAGCUGGCCAAGAUGCCGGCCACGUCGGUGGUGCAGCUGCUGCGCCGGGACGGUGUCUUUGCGUCCACGCAGCAGCUGUCGGGGGCGCUGAUGCGCAUCAUGGAGGAGGUGGAGAAGCUGCUGCACUGGCUGAGCAACGUGCUGGACAACCGCGUGUUUGUGGCGCUGACGCGCGGCCUGUGGGACCUCACGUCCAAGGAUGUGCUGGACUACACAGAAGACCUGCGGGAGGGGCGCGGAGGGCAGCGGGAUGCAUGGCGCGGGCGGCAGAGCGCCGCCACCACUCUGGCCCACAUGGACAACUUCUUCAAGACGGUGCUCACCAGCUCCAUGGGCAACGACCUGCAGGCGCGUGGUGGUGCGGUGGCGAACAAGGACCUGGCGCUGCCGCAGCACUCGGACCGUGCCCACAAGCUGCUGGCGGACAACGACACCACCGUGCACAUGUCGUAUGAUGUGUACUGA